UACAGAAGUUGGAUCAACUAAAGUCAAAAUAAAGUAAAACAUUAUGUGUCUGUAGUGUAACACUCUUGUUUAGCAGGUGCGGUGAAUAGUGAAUACAAACAAGUACCAGAAAACGGACACAGACACACUCCUUCCUAAGAUUCCUUCUCAGUCGGCCAAGUUUCCUCCUCCUCCUUUUUCCCCAAACACCUUCUCUACGGCUUUCCUCAAGUGCGUAUUCUCAAAUCGCAAUCUCACCCAACUUUACUCCGAAAAUGGGAUUAUGGGAUUCGCUUCUCAAUUGGCUCCGGAGUUUAUUUUUUAAACAGGAAAUGGAACUUUCAUUGGUAGGGCUUCAGAAUGCAGGAAAGACAUCUCUUGUAAAUUCCAUCGCUACUGGGGGCUACAGCGAGGACAUGAUUCCAACUGUUGGAUUCAACAUGAGGAAAGUAACAAAGGGAAAUGUGACAAUUAAACUUUGGGACCUUGGAGGGCAAAGGAGGUUUCGGACAAUGUGGGAGCGAUACUGUCGUGGUGUCUCUGCAAUUGUGUAUGUUGUUGAUGCUGCUGACAGAGACAGUGUUCCAAUAUCUCGAAGUGAGCUGCACGAACUUUUGACAAAACCUUCAUUAAUUGGGAUUCCUUUACUUGUUCUGGGAAACAAAAUUGACAAAUCAGAGGCUCUCGCCAAGCAAGCGUUGGUUGAACAAUUAGGACUUGAAUCAUUGAAGGACAGAGAGGUUUGCUGCUAUAUGAUUUCAUGCAAGGAUUCAAUUAACAUCGAUGUGGUCAUAGACUGGCUUAUCAAACACUCAAAAACUGCUCAGUAGAUUAGUUGCUUGGCACUGUGGGACUGGUGAAAAUUCAAGCAGUAUAGAAGGUCGAGCUGGUGACCUGAGAAGAAAUUGCUGAAAGAAAGUCCUUCGUGCUAGAUUCUGAGAUGUUGGGUUUAGCACUACUCGAAUUAUGUGUUGAUGUUGUAUAGUACUUGAACGGUAAGGCAAGGGUUUCAUGUAUUGCUUUAUUGACGCCCCCUUUUUUUUUUGGUUACCAAGUAAUAUGUUCGAUUUUGUUGGCCGAAUAUUAUUUUUGGCUUUUACUUUGUUUCAUUCUUUUCUUAAUUUAAUAGUUUUAUUGGAUGUACUGCUUAAUUAUCCAUUGUUUCAGUAUCAUUACGAUCGAAAUAAUACCGUAACCCAGUUUCAAUUAUUUCUUGCAAAUCUGUAACUAUGGAACGAACUAUUGGAGGAUUCUAUUAUGAGAUGAGAUGUUAUCAACUUAUUUAGUAAGAUAUCUAUUUCUUUCA